AUGACAAAUAAUUGUUGUAAUAGAAAUUGUACAUUUUCUGCUGAUACUCUUAGGCAAGUUGUUCAACAACAACAACAAAAACACCAACAUUUUGUUUGUAAUUGUUGUUCUAAUAAUGUUUUACACAGAAAAAGUCGGAGUAUGGAUUCACAAGUAAUAAUGGCUACAACAAGUGAUUCUUGCUGUGAUAAUUUAUUAGAGAAUAAUGAUUUAAUUAAUUCACUAAAUCAAAAACAAAAUAAAGAAUUUUUGUGUCAAUGUGAAAUAAAAGAAAAGGAGAAAGAAGUUUUUGUUGAAGAAUUAAAUAAAGAGGGGGAGGAAAUUGAAAUAAAUAAAAAUAUUUUAAAUGAACAAAAAAGGAGGGAACGUUUAGGAAGACAACAAAGAUUUCAGGGAAAUUCAAAUAACAAAGAAUCCUUGCCUUCUUUUGAUCAAAAUAUUGAAAAUGAUAAAAAUGAUAAAAUUCCAACAGAUAAAGAUUCUUCUACCAUUCCAACUUCAACAGAGAAUUCUUCUGUAUCCACAGAUCAUUCUGUUGUUUUGCAUGCAAUGAAUGUAGCAGCAAAUACUGCUGCUGCUAUAGUUACACCUGUUGUUGUUUCUAAUAUUGGUUUAAAUACUUCUUCUUUACCUCAAAAUGAUUCUCAACAAAAUAUUUCUUCUUCCCCAAUUCCAAAUACUUCACCAAGUACUAAUAAUCAAAGACGUUUUGAAAAACGUUAUCAUACUGUUGGUGAAAUUGACACAGUUAGACGCCAAACACAGAAACAAUUUUCUACUUUAGCAAACAAACAUAAUUGCACAAAUGGUAAUUAA